AUGUAUCUAACAGAAUGGUACUCGCAAUGUAUUCCCGGACAAGCUACGAAUCCGCCUGCCUCUACCGUUAGUAGCACGUCUACUGCCCCCAACCCCGUUGAAACCACCCUUCCCUCGAGCUUCACCUGGAGCUCGAGCGGCAUUCUCAUCAGCCCCAGAGUUGACAGUCGCAACCUUUCUGCUUGGAAGGACCCAUCCAUCGUUUUCUACAACGGCAAAUAUCACGUAUUUGCGAGCACGGCACACGACGCGGGCUACAACCUCGUAUAUCUGAGCUUCACCGACUUCAACGAAGCCGAUGCUGCUCCAUUCUACUACCUCGACCAGACCCCGAUCGGGUCAGGUUACCGCGCCGCCCCUCAGGUGUUCCUCAUGGCGCCGCAGAACAAAUGGUACCUCAUCUUCCAGAAUGGCAAUGCCGCCUACUCCACGAACUCAGACAUCAGUAAUCCGAACGGUUGGACUCCGCCCAAGAACUUUUACUCUGGGACUCCCAGCAUCAUUACCAACAAUAUAGGAAGCGGAUUCUGGGUAGACAUGUGGGUUAUCUGUGACUCGUCCAACUGCCAUUUAUUCUCGUCGGACGAUAAUGGCCACCUUUACCGCUCCCAGACGUCAGUCAGUAACUUCCCUGCGGGGAUGAGCGAGCCAGUGAUAGCACUGCAAGACUCGAACAGUCAUAAUCUCUUUGAAGCUUCCAACGUCUACAAAGUUGGAGACGGGUUCCUCCUUGUCGUUGAAUGCAUUGGCAGCAAUGGCCACCGCUACUUCCGCUCCUGGAGCGGGGCCAGUCUCAGUGGUUCGUGGACACCUCUUGCAGCGAGCCAGACGAAUCCUUUCGCUGGCUCAGCGAAUGUUGCAUUCUCGGGCACUCCAUGGACGAUGGACAUCAGCCACGGCGAAGUGGUCCGCACUAAUGUUGACCAAACCAUGUCUAUCAGUGCUUGCGGAAUGCGCUAUCUCUAUCAGGGAGUUUCCCCAACCGCCAGCGGUAGCUACAAUUCACUCCCGUGGCGCCUGGCCCUCCUCACCCAGACGAGCCCGUGUUAA